CUAACUUCAGCCUGUGACUAUGCCAAUGAAUCAAGUUUGCUGAUAUUUCUACUAUGCCAAAGAUUGCAGAUCAGAUAACGAUCAGCGAUAACAGAUACUCUGUCUCUAUGCUAAUAUUUUUCCUUGAACCAGCAAUUUGAAACCAUAUUCCAUCAGUCCUUGUGACAUUCUCUUCAUACUAAGCUGGUUAAAAAAUGAAAAAUAAUGAGACUAUUCUCGUACAAAAAAUACCAGACCAUCCUAUGUCGUCUACAAGUACACAAGAUUUAUUGGUUGACCCCAACUUGAUCUCUUCUAUUUCUAAUAACGAAUUAAAGCCAGAUGCUUUUAUCGAACCGUGUGGUGGCAUUUUAGGCUAUUAUUCUGGCUUGUUUAGACGGAAAGCCAAAAACUUCUUGUCUAACUUUAAAAAUGUCGUUCUUAGGUUAGGACAAGUCUUUUUCUUUUUAAUAAUUAUUAUAUACAUUGGUUUUGUAAUAAAAACGUUUGUAGAUACAGGUUUCUACAUUGACUGGUGCACCGGCUAUGGAAUGGCAUUUAUGUUGAUUGGUUUGUUAAUUAUAUCCAUUGUAUACAAUACGUUGAAUAAAUAUAAAUAUUUCAACAUGUUUCAUUUUAACUGUGAUAAUGGAUUUGGAUUAUUAUUUAAAAAAUACGGCCGAUGUACAACCGCAGCAGUAUUUCUACUCUUAUUCUUUGGAUUUGUAAUAUAUGACACAGUUGUCACCGACGAAUUAAACAGAAUUAUGUCAUUAUUGGGAAUAGUCGCGUUUUUGUUAUGCGGUCUUGUUUUCUCCAAACACCCAGAAUAUAUCAGAUGGGACACCAUUUUGGUAGGACUCUCCCUACAAAUGUUUCUGGGGUUGAUAUCAAUACCGAUAAAAUUUGGAAGGGAAAUCUUUUCCUGCAUUGGAGAUAGAGUCGUUCAUUUUCUCAGUUACGCUUACACUGGGGCAGCGUUUGUUUUCGGAGACUUCCUCGUAAAUAAGCAACAUGUUUUUGCAUUCCAGGCGCUGUCAGUGCUCUAUUUUCUAUCGAUGAUUGUGCAGGUACUGUACUAUCUUGGCUGGAUGCAAAUCAUCUGUUUGAAAAUUGGCAAAUCCAUCCAGUUUGUGCUUGGAACCACAGUCAUAGAAAGUGUCAAUGCAGUUGCUACUGUUUUUCUAGGAAUGAGUGAGGCACCACUUUUGUACAAUGUUUACAUAAAAUAUUUGACCAAUUCUGAGAUUCAUGCGGUGAUGACUGGCUGUUUUGCGACGGUUGCUGGGACAAUGCUUGCUGCUUAUACAUCACUGGGCAUAGACCCAAAAAAUGUUAUCACUGCGUCAAUAAUGGCAGCACCGGGUGCGCUGACUUACGCUAAACUCUAUUAUCCUGAAACUGUAAAAUCAUCAACGUCAAAAAAUAUACUUCUUGUCCAAAGUGAUGAUGUGAGCGUUAUGGACGCAGCGUGCAAGGGGACUUUUAUGGCAACAACUAUCGUUAGUUCUAUAAUUGCUUCUGUUAUCGCAUCAGUAUCAUUUAUAAAUUUACUUGAUGGGAUUAUUCUUUGGUUGGGAUAUCUCGUAGGAAUUGAAAACCUUACGCUUGAUUAUAUUCUAGGUAUAAUAUUCAUACCAUUGGCUUGGGCUAUGGGUGUCAAGCACGAAGAAUGCGAACUAGUCGCUUCUCUCAUUGGCAUUAAAACAAUAGCGAAUGAAUUUAUUGCCUAUGUUAAACUUAGCGAGUUGAAAUCUGCUGGGAAAUUAUCGGCGAGGUCCGAAGCAAUCGCAACGUUCGCAUUAUGUGGAUUUGCAAACCCAGGAGCACUCGCAACCAUGAUAGCAUUUUUGUCUAGUCUUGCGCCGAGCAAACGAGAAUCAAUUAUCAAUGUUUCAUUCCGCGCUUUUGUCACAGGGUGUAUUACCAGUUUUUCAUCUGCGUGCAUAGCAGGUUUGUUGACACCAGAAAAUGGCUUCUAAAAAGUUAAAUUUUUCCAGAACAAUCAAUAUCAUCUAUAAAAAUACACAAAAUAUUUUUUUAAAAUUUUGAUUUUGUUACAUUGAAACUAUCGAGAGCAAAAUGUAAUUGGACUCUAUUGGAUGGUGACCAGGAUGACUGCAUUUUAAACUAAAUUUAUUUCAAUAAAGAAAUUUAUUAUUAUAA